AGACACGGAGAGCAGAUUUGACUCACGAGGAGAAAUAUCAUGAGAACAGUGUUAGCAACUCUGCCUAUUUUAACAACUUAGAAAGGCCAUUUUAUUCUUAUACCAGACUUCCACUGCUCUUCAGUACUGGUCAAGACAUUUUAUCUGAUUAUUCUUCUAUGAGGCUUAAUUUGUACAGCUGGCUAUUUUUAAAUGGCACAUACUUCUGCAUGGCAAGAAGGGAAAUUAAGGAAGAAAAUUAUCCCAUAAUGUUCUUUUCUAUCUAGUUAAUAGCCUCCACGUGUAUUAUUUUAUUACAGAUAAUUCUAACAGGUAAUUUAGCAGGUUGCACUGGCAGUGCAUCCUGCCACUCUGCCAGACACAGUAGCCCAAAUGCCCUGCCAACAGCAGGAUUUCUCCAGGGGGGCAGAUCCAUCCAAAGGAGGGUGGGGAAAGACAAGCAGGAGCCCUCUGAGAAAUCAGGAAUCAUCUGCCAGGCACAGCCACUAAGAAAACAAAGAGGGAAGGCAACCAAGGAUGAGGGGAAGGCAAGGCCAGGCUGGGCAGCACCCACAGCACUCCAGCAGAGGAGGGGACAAGGGGCAAUGUGUGACCUGCUGACAGUGCCCCUCACAUGGCACAAACAGCCACAGCUAAAACCAACCCAACCAUCUGGCUAAGCUCAACAAUGGAAACUAUCUAGCAAUAUAGGCAUAGAACAGGAGGCCACACCCGUCACAAUCUGUGGUGUGUCUGCCAGGAGGGUGCAGGAGAACAAUUUCACACAGCCUGAGCAAAAGAUGUAGCCGAGUUUGCUCGCAGCAUGGAUAACAGCAGUGGCCCUGUUCUUCUCCUUACCUUGCUGCUGCUGCAGAACACGAGCAGCCCCAAAGCCUCCUCCCCUCCUGCUGGCUCCGAGAUGGCAGAACCUCCAGCCCCAUGCACGGGCCCCAGCAGGAACCACUCUCUGGUAGAGUAUGGGCUGAGGCCGGGGGAAAUCACAGCUGCCAGCGUGCUUUGGGGAGUGCUGUGGCUGACCUCCGUCUUGGGAAACUUCCUCGUGUGCUUAGUGAUCCACAGGAGCAGGAGGACGCAGUCCACCACCAACUACUUUGUGGUGUCCAUGGCCUGUGCCGACCUGGUGAGCAGCGUGGGCAGCGCGCCCUUCCUGCUGCUGCAGCUGAGCUCGGGGCGCUGGGCGCUGGGCAGCGGCGUGUGCCGGCUGGCCAGGUACCUCCAGUACCUCACGCCCGGGGUCCAGACCUACGUGCUCCUCGCCAUCAGCGUGGAUCGAUUCUACACCAUUGUCUACCCCCUGAGCUUCAAAGUGUCCAGGGGGAAAGCCAAAAAAAUGAUUUUGGCCUCCUGGCUCUGUGGUGCUCUGUUUGCAUCGCCGGCCUGUUUUCUCUACGGCUCCAACAGCGACCAGCACUGCAACUUUUUUCUCCCCAGUUCUUGGCAAGGAUCUGCCUAUAGUAUCAUCCACCUCCUCUUGGUGUUUAUGAUCCCAUCCCUCUUCAUUAUCUUCUUUUACCAGAAAGUCAUUAAGUACAUUUGGAGAAUAGGCACGGAUGGAAUGACUGUCAGGAGAACAACAAAUAUUGUUCCAAGAACAAAAGUGAAAACCAUCAAGAUGUUCUUAAUGUUAAACUCGGUAUUUCUUCUGUCCUGGUUGCCUUUCUUCAUGGUACAGUUGUGGCACCCAGAGGAAACAGACUACAGAAAGAGCUCCUUGCUUUUCCUGGCCAUCACCUGGAUCUCUUUCAGUUCCUCAGCCUCUAAGCCAACCCUCUACUCCAUCUAUAAUGCAAACUUCAGAAGAGGAAUGAAAGAAACUUUUUGCAUGUCUGCCAUGAAAUGCUAUAGAAGCAACGCAUACACCAUCACCACCAGUUCCAGGAUAGCAAAAAAAAAUCAUGUUGGUAUUGCAGACAUUCCAGCUACAGCCAAAAGUGUCACCAAAGACUCCACUUAUGAUGCUUUUAACAGAGAAGCCAAGGAAAGAAAGCUUGCCUGGCCUAUUCCGUCCAAUCCCCCAAAUACCUUUGUCUAGUGGGCUGCAUUGUUUUGAAAAGUGACUCUGUACCCCAGAAGAAGGAACUUUCUCUCCUUUGGAACUGAUGUAUAGCUUUGUAUUUUUAACCCAGAUUUGGGGGGGAAGGGGUGAGGGGGGAGAGGGCAGAAAAGAGAUGGUUUAUUUUAUUAAAUGCCUUGGGUUUGAUGUAUUCGUUCCAUUUAAUUUCAGUUACUCCAUUCUGCUUUGGGAAACCCCUCUCCUACAAUCACAAGCAGUGCUUAUCUGCAAAACAAGAGUCCUUACACUCUCAAUCUGUACGGAGAAAAGGGAAAGAAAGAAAAACUGCUUGUUUUAAUCCCUUUACAGGAUGGGCCACAGUGUAUAAAUGCCUAAACCCACCCAAAGCCAUCUAGGCUUCCUUCCACUGUGUCCCCACAAAUACAGUUGUGCUGGGGUUGUCCAUCCUGUUGAGAUCCCACAGGUAAGAUGUCCAAAUGAGGGCCCUUAUGGCUUCAGCCUGAGCCCACUGUGACAAAAUUCCCAGUGGUUGAGCAGGGUCAGCAUUGGGCCUCCUCACCUCUGACACUGGCUGUGUGUCCUGGUCUGUCCCCCUCUGCUGAGGCACGGCUGCAAAGAGUGGCCUUUCCAAACAGGAACACGAGCUCUGUAGUCCCACGCUGGCUUGGCAGCAUCUUCCACUGUUUGGGCAUGUUUGAAGAGGUCCCUAACAGGUGUCCCAGAGGACAGGACCUGCAGGGGACCUGUGGUUGCAGGUGGAGGUGACUCCUGCUGCUCUUUCUCUGCCAGCACAGCGAGAAAACAACCCAGUGGGAAUGGCUGGGUCUUCAGUCCUGCUGGGAUGGGGAAUGACACUGGAGACCAGGGGGAGAGGCAGGAGCUCCUUUGCAGGCCCCUGUCCCCCCACAGUGUUAACAAUCUCCUGGGGAAAAGGCACCAUGCAUGAGGGACAUGGGUCUGUGGGUUUGUACACCUUGGGUGCUGCCUCUUGAAGGAUGUGCUCUGGAGGCAAACUGGGUUUCCUCCCUAGGGGUGGCAGGUCCACUUGUAUCACUAGGAGGAGGUAACAACAUGGUUAGGUCCCAGAAGCUCUAGUUCAGUGCUAGAUCAGAAAUACAGAGGUGUCUUGAGCAUUCAGGCAGGAAAAAAAUCAUCUAAGAAGCAGAUUGAUUAUUGAUUGUGUUAUAGUUCAGGGGUGGUGUAGUCAGAAAUGAGAGAACAUGUGCUGGACUCUCACCACAUGUGAUGACCUCUUCGUGCUGCUUGAAAACCACGAGGUUCCCCAAGCUCAGCUAUGAUCCAUCUGACAGAGAGCUGGCAGCUCACAGACCCCUCCUGUCCUUUCCACCCCACUCCAACCCCUUUUCUUGCCUCGUGCUCACCAAUUUGCUGAUGUUCUCUACCCAUAAAGGUUGUGUGUGGUCAGUGCACAGGCAGGGUAACGUCUGUAGAUGGGGGUGAAAAGCAGGAGGAAGGACUGCAAGGGUCUGGCAGGCAAAGAAGAGAACCUAAUGAAAGGAAGAGGAGGAAGAAGGGACUGUAAACUGAGCCAUUCUCAUUUAAAAUGGAUCUUCUGAAUGAAAAUUUCUUCAUCCAAAAUCAUCUGUACUUCCUGAGAGCUUUUUUUUUUGUUUGUUUGUUUUUUCUUUCCCUCAGUUAUCAAUCUCAAUAAGGAUUGGCUUGAGUCUAUGUGGGGAAUAUUGAUCUAUUUUCUCAAUUCCCAUAGCAUUGCCCAAAGUACAGUAGCACACUUUCAGAAAACACAGGUAAACUAUUUCUCCUCAAAUUAGGGUAGCACUAGCAUCCUGUUGGUGAAUUCCCCUCACUCUGCUGGAUAAAUGUGGGCCAUGGAAGGACCAGCCCAGGCUGCUGCACCCCUUGCCUGCAAAGAUUUCCUUUCUUUAAUUCUUACAAAAUUAACAGGAGAGUUCUGCAGGGUUCAGAGUGGAGGCCUGUCCCUCCCAGUACCCAUUGUCUACUGCAGCCUUGGUUACUUGAGGACAGGCAGAGAAGGCAGAGAAGAUAAAGGACUCCUGACAUCCUCCCAGCCUCCAGCUGCCACUGGUAGGAGCAAACACCCUUCACAGGGUAGCUGCCAAACAGUGCUGCUGUUCUGUAAAUCCAGAGCAGGUCCAGAAUGACCUAGUCUCAAAGCCUGAAGGACAGGACAAACAGCCCCACUCUGCUUGCUCAGAGCCCAUCUGAGCAGAUUUCAGGAGCAUUUUGCCUGAGAACCAAGGUUUUGACCUCUUUUCAGUGGAGGAUCUCAAGUACUUUCUUCCUGUUCUUUAUCUUCUCAACUAGCUCUGACAAAUCCAGUACAUGGUGAAUAGCUGGUCCUCAUCCACUCUCUCUGGGCCAGUCUUGGGUUUAUAAACCUCUGUCACAAAUUCUCAGUUAUUUCUUUACCCAACUUUUUCAUUUCUUGCAUAGAAGUGGCUCCAGACCAGCCUCUCCUCAGAGCAUGGCCAAACAUCCUCGAGUCCAGGCUAUCAGAAGCCCUUCACACUCAAGGCAUCCUAAAAGCAUUGUGGACACUUUGAUCCCAGGUGUUCAAGAGGCAGUGUGCAGGAGUCAGCUACCCCUCCUCAUACUUUGCUUCAAAAUCUCCAGCUCCCUGCUGUCUUCUGGCAGGAGACAUCCCCAAUCACAACCCCCUCUCAGAAGGAUUAUCUUUUUUUUUUUCUGCUUUCAGAGCAAAUGUGGCACAUUUGGGUUCCUGUUCAUGCCUGGAGCCUGAAAGUGCUGCAGCAGUGAAAGUGAAUAGAACAAGAGCAGCAGGAACCACAGGGUGAAAUAAACAGGGCUGUUUGUGUCCCUCUGCCAUCUCAGGGAGCAGGAGCACACACGUGUUGGAGCCCCAAGCUGACAUUCCCUGAGGAGAAUCUCUGCUGGCACUCUUUUGCUGAGAAAUAAUCCUACAUGUCUGGUAAAAAACUUCCUUCCUCAUCCUCUACGACACAAAGUAGGGUUGGAAGAACCCUCACUGGCCACAAGAACACUUACAGUAUGUAUUUCACAAAUUCAGAAAUCCCCAUUAAAUAAGGAUCUGGUAUUUCUCAUUAAAGCCACUAGCAAAAAAACUCCCAUGAAUUAGGAGAUGAGAGGACCUUGAAAGUGAGUCAAGACCAGUAUUUCCUGUCUGGUUCAGAUUCUAACCUGGCUGUUUCUUGCUGAAACACCACCAUAUGCUUAGCUUUUCUUUGACAUUUAAUCACCUCUCACACAGCAAAAUCAGAUCUAGGCUAGACAGGCAAUUUCACAACAUUAUUUUCAAGUUUAGAUUGGAGACUGAAACACAACAGUUGUUCUUUUGAUUAGUAGUUUUAUUAAAGAAAUAAUAAAGGAACUGAAGAGAAUGAGCCCUGAGGUCACAGAGAACCACAGGUUCAUGGUUACCCAACGCCUGCUCAGAGUCCAGAGGCACACAGGACACUUGUUUCUUCAAGUCUACCAUGUUUCCCUUUCAAAAGGUUUUUCACUACAGAAGGUGGCCAGGAAAAGUCGAGGAUUGCCAUGACACACCAGCUAGGGACACAAUGUCCCCCAGCUGAAAGGGCUGGUAGUUCUGCACAGACAUUGUGGGCUCUAACCAGCCCUGCAACCAUGAGUUAAGUCUGGAGGCUGGGUCUCUUAAACCACCUUUCCACAUCAGUAAAAUCCCAAUCCCACUUGUAACAGAGUGAGCUUGGCUCUGCUUGCUGUGGCUUAUUUUAACCCAGACUGCACUGGUAAAAACACAAGAGCAAGGAGAAAGCUUUCUCACUCCUUCCAUGAUUUUAGGACAGGUGAUGGAUAAGUGGACAGGCGGGUUUAGGAUUUUGUAGCACCAAUGUCAGGUACCUCCUGGUUUGUCAAGGCCCCAGAAGUGCCAGAGACAGGAGGCAGAUCAUGAAUUAUCUAAGCAAGAAAUAGAAAAUUCUGUAGGAUUUGCCUGAUCAAUAUAGACACAAAACAAACAGAAUAAACUCCCAGUCCACAAACACGUCUCAAGCCCAUCUACAGAGGGGAGGUUCUGGGAGAAAGCACUCCUGGGUCUCUUGCCCAUCCAUUCCUUAGUUUUAAAUGUUUCCUCUGUAAGAACAUGAUACACUACCAACCAUUAGACUUUUUUUUUCCAUUAAGCAGACCCACGUUAAGUAGAAAUUCCAUCACUGCUGCUUAUACUUGGUAUUAAGUGGCUUGCCCUUGGGAAUUCCUAUUACAAAUUGUCCAAUUAUGUCUCUUCCUUUUUAUUUCAGCAGAAAGUUGGAUUUCCAGUUAAGUAUACUUAAAAAAUUUCCAGUUGAGGGGUUGGGGCUAGUGAGAAGCAGAGACUCAAUUCACUUGUACCUAUUUUUCCACCAGCCUUACGGAGGUGACACCAAAGUGGCUAUCACCAAUAAUUGGACUUAAGGGUUUCCAUAUGUCCACAUAAGAAUCCCCAGAGUUUUUUCAGUCCCCUCAACUCAACCCAUUUAAAUUCAGAUUUAACUGACAUUGAUUUAGGGGUUGGUUUUCCAAGGUGCUGAACACACGCCAUCAAUUGCAGCUGAAAUUCUGAGUGUUCAGCCCUUCUCAAUAUCAGAUCCUUCCUGUUUAAAAGAACAAAAAGCAGCCUUAAAGUUUAUUAAAGCCAGACCCACAUGCUCAAAGGAAGGGUUAUUAACUCCUUAAGUGAUUCUGUAAGUUAAUAUGUCUUUAUUAGUUGGCUCUUUUCAACUUAGCAAGUGUUGUGGAAUAGGCCAUUAUAAAUUACUGAGGCUUUAUUUGAACUGGCUUCUAGUAAAACAUAACACACCUACUGGAAGAUUGUUGUAUAAAUGUCACCUCCUGAUGAGCAGUCUGGACUAAACCACAGAUUUUUUUUAUUCUACACUACUGCUAACACACACAAAGUCUUUAAUUUGUUUCAUGAAACUGGUCCCUGGAUAAUAUUCAGAAGUGACAAAGAUGGCAAUAAUUCCAUUGUGCGCAGCAUCUCAACCAUUUUAGACCAGCUCUCAAUUUGGUCCUACAUUUGCAGGGGAAUAGAAAAAGAAGAAAAUAUUACACCACUAAAUAAUUAGAUUUGUUCCUGUUUCAUGCCUGGGCAGACACAAGCUUUUUCUCCACAUGCACCAGUAAAAGUAAGAGAUGCUUUUAGGGAAGAGGAACUGAUCAAGGACUUGAAUUUUUUUGAGGCCAUGUAGAAUGAGGCAGCAGAAGCCACAUACACAUGGAUGUAAUUACCCACCUAUUUCCAAAGGCACUACAGCUCUUCUCUUCAGCCCUGGAGAUUUACCAUCUCCACUUCUACAGAGUCCCUCCCCAUAUUGAUCCAAACACAGGAAGGAAAAUGAUUAAGAAAUAUCCAGAGUUAGCAAGAUUUCAGAUUAGCCACCAGCUAGCUGUAGAUGCAGCAGGAGUAGCCCUGAUUGCAUUAACUCCAUGCUGGGAGCUCAUCUGCCCUCUCUGGCUCUUUGCAAACUCUGAAACAGCUCUUUCCACAUUACUGACUUGAUCUUUCACACUCAGGGCAUCUUUAUCAGAAUCUUCAUUUUUGGGCUUGUACAGUUGUUUUUAGUUGUUUUUUUUUUCCCUGUAAGAGGGAUGCUGAGGAUGUAGCCCUCAGCACAACUGCAUCUUCAAAUAUUGCUUUCUGCACAUUUAACAUGUUUAUUGCCAGAAAAAAUUCCUAACCAGGUAACAAAUCACUAGAGACUGGUCUUUAGGGGAAAUAUUCAAUGAAAAGCAACUAAAGUUCCAUUUUUCUUUGAAGGGCAGAAAAGGAGUUUGCAGAGGGCUGGGCUUCCAAAUGCUACCUUAUCCACGAGAAACAAUUGCUGCCAAGCACUGGCCCCCACACUUGGCUCUUUCUUGUAGCCUGAUCACUACAGGAGAAACAUUACCAGCUAAGCUUUCCCUGUCCCUUGCUACAGUAGAAUUGUGUCCUCAAAAGCUCUCAGUGCUCCUUGGAAGGCUCCUGACAUCAGAAACAAAACUGGAGUGUACCAGUGUUGAUACUCCAGUCUUACCACCUCCAUGUAGAUCUUCCAACCAAGCAUGGCAGAAAAAUGGCACACAGGGAAAAAAUCAGCACUUAGAAGCAUCCUUGUCGAUCCCUGCACUUUUCUCCAUCCCUUACAAUUAACUUGAAAUUGAUAUUUUAUAAAAUUCUAAUUGAUAUCCGAAAAGAGUUAUAUGCUAAUAAAAGACAGGGGAAAAGAAGUUUUAGAGUAAUAAAGAAAAUAAUUUUAAUCCAUGCUUAACAGAUGAUAUUUAAAGUUACAACUGGUGGUCGUAUUUCUGACAGACUCAUGCUAAGCUGUAUUAGUAACAGGCAUAUUUGGUUUUUUGCAAAAUGCCCUAUUUCAUGCAAAGGAGAUGAUUGAGAAAAGAAAUGCAAGGUGAAUGCAAGCAAUCACAAGAGGCCAUUCAUCAUUCUGCCUACAUUUUUUUAUGAAUACAUUCACUGAACUGCAAUUGUGCUCAUUCCACAAGUAGCUCAGCACAGAGGGAUUAAAUCAGACAACCUUUAUAAUUGUUCUCCAGCUGUCAGCCAGCCUUUUUUAUCUGACAGCAUGUGUAGACAAUAUCAUUUCCAUUAAGAAUGGCAUUCAUUUAGUGGCAUUGGACUGAAAUGAUGACAUUAAGUGGAUAAUGCCAAAAAAAAUAGGUAAAAAAAAAAAAAGAUUACGAAAAUCCAAAAAGCUGAAACAGUUAAUUGGUUAAUUGGCUGUUUCUCAAACACCCACAGCAAGCAACAUUGGCUCCACUGGUGUACCAGUAAUUAAAAAGCUAAUUACUAUUUUAUUUCAGAAAGUGAGGAACCCUAACAAUAAAGUAAUAAGAAAUGCAACUUGCUGAAGUGAGAAUAGCAACACUGCUGUCAUCAAGAGAUCCCUGCAGCACCAUCACCUUGGGAAGGUUUGCACACAGACUUGUCACAAGAGUAAUUAGCUAAUUAGAAAGCUAUAAAAUACCUCCUUCCCCUUUCAGUAUCUGAAAUCCCAGAUAUGAUUCCAGAUUUAAAUGGAAAAUUAACACUAUUACUGUACUUACUUUGAUGAAACCUCUUCUGGGCUAUGUUCAUGAGAUAAAUGACUUUGGGCCAAAAUGUUUUUAAUUAAUUCCUCUCUUAACUCCACAGGCUGUUUCAGGUAUGUCAACCUAAACUGAACUUACUCUUUCAUUUGAAACCACUGCUGAAAAUGCUGGGCAACCUAGAAUUGUACAGAAAUACAAGUAAAAGAAUCAUCUAAAUCCCCAAGUUUCAAGUGCAAGAAGAAUGACACUUUGCAGAACUGUUUCAAUACACGCCCAACAUCUACUGAACAACUUCACUGCUGUCUGCUAAUGCUGUCACCUUCCUCCUGACCACAAAGCUCAUCAGAAUGCUUGAGCAAGCAAAAACCACUCCGGGGUGAGCCAGAACCAGCACUGCUUGUACUAGGCUGAGAAACAAGAGGGUCCUGUACUACAAAGGGUGAUGCUGUUACUCAGUACAGUGCAGAAGGGGCAUUUACACUGAUGUCACAGAGUUUGAAAUGCAGGAGGGGUGAGUUGGUGGUGUGGUACACAUGAGCAGAAGCACAAACUUGUAACCACAAGUUACAAGCAGAGUAACUCAGGGUUACCUAUUGUAUUUGUGGGGUGCCCUCGUGGCAGGAAGGAAUGAUGAAUCUGACUCCAUGUUCUCAGAAGGCUAAUUUAUUAUUUUAUGAUGCCAUAUUAUAUUAAAGAAUACUAAACUAUACUAUACUAAACAAUAUGGAAAGGAUACUUAGAGAAGGCUAAAGAGAUAAUAAUGAAAACUUGUGACUCUCCCUAGAGCCCUACACAGCUUGACCCUGAUUGGCUAAUAAGUCAAAAUAAUUCACAGCAGAAACCAAUGAAACAAUCACCUGUGCAUAAACAAUCUCCAACCACAUUCCAAAGAAGCAAAACACAGGAGAAGCAAAUGAGAUAAAAUUGUUUUCCUUUUUCUCUGAGGCUUCUCAGCUUCCCAGGAGAAAAAUCCUGGGUGAAGGGAUUUUUCAGAAAAUAUGAAUGCCACAGUUGCACAUACAUAGUCCUUUGGAAAAGGAACCCUUGACAGCUUUUGAAAAUAGCUGCCAGGCUAUGUGGGAAAGAAAGGAGAUCCACAGAAUAGUCUUUUUCUGUACCAAAGAAGGAAUGCAUUCCAAAAAAGAGAUUUCAAAGGGGAAAGGAAAGAAAAAGCCCAGAAAUGCAAAGAAGAAAACACUGACCUAGCAACAUGGCCAGGUCUGUGUUUGAUAGGGAGCAGGAAAGGACUGUUCUCACAUCAGUGGGCACUUGGAGCAUGCCACAGAAGGAUGGCAAAGUUGGAGGCCACUGCUGAAAUUCACUGCCUCAGGAACACCCAGCAUUGCUGCUGGCAGCACUGCUGAACUUCAGCACAAUCUAUUCUAAAAGUUGCCAUGAGAAAGAAGGUAUGGGAAUAAGUCACCCUUCAUGGGCUAUUUCUAUUCACACUGAACAGGCUGUCUCAUGAAAACACACAUUUUAUAAUACACAUUUAGUCCUUUAUUCACACGUUUAUUUAAUCAGCUGCAGCACAGCUAGGAAAGUCACCAACACCCACCCAAACAUACAGAGAUCAUACACAAGAAUUGCUUCAAGCAGCAGUUAGUGCUAGUAGAGUUGAUUAAACCAGUUUUGAUACAGGCUGACAUACAAAAAAGCAGAGUUAAUCUUGUACUAGUUGUGGAACAAAACUCCUACCUCCCAAGUGCUUUUUAUGGAGGAAAAAAAAAAACAAAGUGAAAAGGAGUUUAAGUUUUUUUUUUGUUUGAUUUUUUUUAUGAAGUGUUGCUGAAAAUCAUUAGCAUUUUCUAGUUGAAAUUUAAAGAUUGUUCAGAGCUCCAUCCAACCUGAUCUUGAACACCUCCAGGGAUGGGGCACCCACAACUUCUCUGGGCAAUCUGUUAUAGGCCUCACAGUAAAGAAUUUUUUUCUUGAUACCUAAUCUAAACCCUCUCUGUCAGUUUGAAGCCAUUGUCCCUUGUCCUGCCACUCCAGGCCCUUGUCAAUAGCCCUUCCCCAUCUUUGUUGCAGGUUCCCUCAGGUACUGGAAGGGAUAGACCUACAUACAAAAAUCUGUACAUUCCAUAAAUCAGCAUCAGUUGAAUUUUAGCCCACUGAUGUGCUAUUCAGAGUGGGACACCUCAGGUUUCACUGUGGAUUAGAAGCUUAUGCUUUCUCAUACAAAUUCACAAUGGAGUGAUGUAAGAAAUUAAUUUGUUGACAUAACUUUUGGAGCAAUUAAUGCUCAGUGACACAAAGAGUAGGAACUGACAAACUGGUAUUUUUCCCUGCUUACCUCCGACAGGGAUUUCUACAUCAGCCCAUCCUCUGUCACCCCUGCUGUAACUCUUGAGCACAAUGAGAAGGACUGUGGUUCUUCUUUCAGCUUUUCCUCUGCUUUCUCUGCAUUUUGAGACUAGUCUCAAACAUUCACUUCUUAUAUUAACAGUAAUUUUAUAGGUAGUUAUAGAGACUACAAUUUCUUGGGAAGCAGCAACUGGAGCUACGAUCCCAAACCUUCUCCAGCUCUUCAGGAAAAACUAGAUUCAUUACUAGGUUCAUCUUCACCCUAAUAUGUAGAAGGGAAAGAAAAGGAAAAACAAUCAGUCACAGGCACUCUCAAAGGUGGCUGAAAUUCAGCUUUCAAGAAAGAGAGAAGCUUUUUGAAAUCUGUCUACUACAUUAAAAUAAACCCCUGAUAUAAGUUAAGAUAGUAUUUGAAAAGCACUUAACAGGAUACUGAUUCUUUGACAAACAUUUAUUAUCAGACUGUGAAAGCAGACUGAUUACUUUUUUUUUUACACAUAAUUACAAAAUGUUCCCAGUUAAGUGAUGAGUCAAUUAAAUGUAUCCCCUUCACUGCAGGAUUCUGUGCAUGCAGCAUGUAUACAGCAAACAAAAAGGCAAGACCUACUGCACAUUUUUCUUAUGAAGCUGCCACUAUCUGGUCCAUCCUUGUGUUACACUCCCCAAAAGGAUUAAUACAACUGUACAGAGCUUAGUCCAUCAUCAUCCACUGAAUUCAGUCUUACUGCACUUAAUCCUAACACGAGUUCUGGGAUUGGUGUAAACACCAAAUAGCACAGACAGCAUAUUUUAAGACUGUGGACAGUUUCCAAGAUAUACCCACCUUCAGCUUGCCAAAUGAGUCUGGCUGAAGAUUAGAUUUCCAUGGUAAGUGGGAAAAUGAGGCAUUUCCAGGCUCAUUUCCUUUCUUCAGUACUUGUGAGAGAGAACUAGCUGUGCUCACUCACUGGAGGAGAAACAAGUCAAAGGCUGUACCCAGCCUACACAAAAUGAGGGCAACAACAUACCACCCUACAUUAUUUAGGGAACCAGAUGAGACUCCUGACCAGAGGACUUGCCUGUAUCACUCCUAGGAGCCACCCCAACAAGGAUGAAGAGUAUGAGCAUUAGAGCAGAAAACAAACAUGAACCACAAACAAACACUUGCUGGUUUUCAAGGGGAACUGCUAAACUUCAAGUUUCAAAAGAAAGGACUCCCAGAAAUCCAGCUAAGGCCAAAAAAUGUGUAACAUAGCACAACCUGCUAGAUGAUGGAAGCUACAGAACUUGAAUGAAUGAUUGCUGCUGGGAAUCCUACAUUUUGUAAUGGACUACAGCAUCCAGUGCAGAUGGAAAAGCUGCAGUUAGAGCUGUAACUAUGUGUGACAGAUUUUUGCUUGCAGACAAUCAAGGAUGAUGGAGGCAGUAACAGACCUCCUGCCCAUCUGCAUGAAGCACAAGAAACCUGUCAGAACAUGGGUACCACUAUUUGAGCCACAGAGCUGGGGCCAGGCUUGCCAAACACAGCCUUGUAAUGUCAAGUGCUGACUAAGCCAAGAUGCAGAAGCCACCAUGACAAGGAACAGAAGAAACUGCUGCUCACCACAAUGAGAAAUUCCCACUCUCCAUUUCCUCCAGAGAAGAAACCUUUCUGCUGAAAGGCUUCCUUGUUUGGUCUCACAGCAUGUGAAACAAAAGGGAAGAAAGCAAGCAGGGUGCUUCUGGCGGGAUCAGAGCUGCCUUUGUCACGUUACCAAGUGCUGGGCAGAGCUGUUCUGGUCACACAUCACAACUGCUCUGCAUGUUUUCUACAUCCCUAAUUCUGAAAGACACUCAAGCAUCUGCAUAACAUUUGAAAUACGUGUCUAAUUACAAGACAUGGUUUACAUCUGAAAGUGGUGUGUUAAGACUAAUUCUAAACCAAAAUAAUCCAUUACACUUCCAGUAUGAUCAUGUUAUGAAGUCCAACUUCAAGGUUGGCAGACUAUAGUUCUGAACAUUUGGCCUAGGGUUUUUCUUCCUCCAGAAAAUCCAAGAAAAUGAACUGGUAAGGAUUCAACAUCAACAAAAAUCCCCAAACUUAGGGGUUGGUUUUGUCAUUAUGUUUCAGGACAAACCGUAGUGCAGACUUUCAGAUACAGAGGGUGGAUGGUGGGGAUGGAAGUGGGCAGGCUAGGACGUGGACAACACAACAUGAACUCUCAUAUCCUCCCCAUCUCUACUUCAGUGUGAUUAACCUCUCUUAAUAGUCUUGUGUGUCUGUGCAACAUUUUUAGCAAUUGCUAACUGAGUGCCUGGUUGCAGGGUCUAAAGAAUAAACUUAAAACCAGGCAUUAAGGUUCAAGAUAUAGGUGCUUAGAAUGGAAUUCUGAAAACAAUUGUGCUGUACACUGAAAUACGGUACUUGAUUAUCUUCACUGCUUUCACUCCAUCCUGAACUGACACAAUGCUAAACAGACCCAAUUAAUUCAAUUAAAAAAGGCAACACUCGGUCUAGCAAAGUCAUUCAUUAUAAUAUUUAUUCUAUGAAACAAUGCUAAAAAUACAAGAUUAAAAACGUUCCAUGCAUUUCAUAAAAUACAGAGAAAGACACUGUCAUAAACAAAACAGAAUAAGCAAGCCAAACACCCUCUGAAAAUCCCAGGAGCUCCACUCUCCACAUUGCAUCACAUGAAUACAAAAAGUAUAUCCAGGAGAAAGAGCAGUCUGAGGAAAGUGGCAGGUGAUCUGUCAAUAACUGGGGUGAGUACAUGUCUUGGUCAUCAGCCCACAAGAGUUUUGCCAUCACCUUUCUUACUACAAAACCAAACUGAUUCAACUUGCUUUCCUUGCUACCAGUUCCUGGCAUUAUCUCUGGCUGGGAAACCAGGACAGCAUAGCAGAAUUCACAUUAAGUUGCUGUCCAGAGAGGUACUAGGGCCCAAAAUGUAGGUAGCUAUGGAAAGGUAUCAGGGCACAGUGGGUGAGAGGGAAUGGCAGCUGUUCCCUUGUUGGAAGCAGGCUGCAGGGACAUGCCUUGACCAGCUCCCCAGGAGCACAGCAGGUGGAAAAUGCACCCGCUAGAAAAGGAUGGGCAGAAUUCAUGCCCUAGGGUGACUUUGUGAUGCUUGUAGUCUGUUCUGUUUAUGCUGGAUAUUGAGUUCUGCACCUUUAAGACUGGUUCUGAGAGCAAAGGGCAGGAGAAGAAGUGCAGUUUGUUUGCAGAAACUGCACUUGCUCCCCUGCAUUGUCUCGCACGGACUGUGUUGUCUGCAGCAUGGGCAGCAGGACAGAGCUCUCCUUUGCCUUUAGUCAGCUUUUUUAGCUAGCUGAGGCAGAGAAGUUCCCCAGAUUGUGGUGUUUCUUUUUCUUGGAACUCACUGGUCCUGCUCUGGACUGAAAACC